AUGGAUCAUCAGUCUAUAUACAGUACUGGAGCAGGAGUUGGAGGAAGUAAUGAAGGGCAUAGCAAUCAAUACGGCAAUAGGGCAUUGGACAGCAGUGAUAACAGCUAUAACAACAACAACAAUGCUAAUAACCAGUAUGGUCAAGCACAACCACCAACAUCACCACCUUUAGCACCACAGCCUCAUCCUGUGGAUAGCGAGGGUAAACCGAUUGCGAAAGUGUUGCUAGAUCCCAAAGUUCAGCGACAGCUCAAUAAGCGUAAGCGAUGGAGACCUUGGUUUGUCUGGGUGGUAUCAGCUGUCCAGAUCGCAGUGCUGGUCUUUGAGAUUUUUAAGGGAUAUCAGAGGACUGGACAGUUCGUUCAGACACAGCCUUUCAAUCCCAUGAUUGGACCUGGUGCCGGAACUAUCAUUGCUGUAGGCGCGCGCUUUGUGCCUUGUAUGCGUAGUACAUAUCUGGACAAUGCACAAAUAGAAUGUCCUGACGAUCCCAAAACUGUCUGCACUAUUUCGGAUAUUUGUGGGUUUACGCCUAUUGCAUCGACUGGCAAGCCUCCGAAUCAGUGGUUCAGGUUUAUCACACCUAUCUUCUUACACGGAGGCAUUGUUCAUUUGCUCUUCAACUUGAUGUUCCAAAUGCGAACAGGUGCAGAUUUGGAGCGCGAUAUGGGUUGGUGGCGAUUCGGUAUCAUUUACAUGUGCUCCGGUAUCGUAGGAUUUAUCUUUGGAGGAAACUUUGCGCCUUUGUUAGCACCAUCUAUGGGUGCAUCAGGAGCAAUCUUUGGGUUGAUUGGAUGUCUUGUCCUGGAUCUAGUUCAGAAUUGGAAGUUGGUCGUACGGCCCUGUUGGGAGCUGAGCAAGCUCUCCUUCAUGAUCCUAUUUUCGUUUGCAUUUGGUUUGCUCCCAUUCUUGGACAACUUUGCUCACAUUGGAGGCUUUUUCGCAGGAAUUUUGACGGGUCUAGUCUUCAUGCCUGUGGUCUACUUUUCAAAGCGGGAUAAGUUUAUCAAGCUUGGACUUCGCUUCAUUGCAUUACCUUUGAUUAUUCUGAUCAUUGUCCUUGGUUUGACCAAUUUCUACAAGGGCGCUAAUAAUUGCAGCUGGUGCAAGUACCUGAACUGUGUGGAUAUCAAUGGCUGGUGUGACGCAUUCAACACACCCACUCCGACUGGAGGGAACAACUAG